AGUGCACUUUUCGGGUUUGGAUGCUGAAAUAAUGAGUGGACGAACGUACGCGGGUAGCCUAUAACAGCGCAUUUGUUAAUAAGCGAUUGUUUGACAAUCAGAUGAAAACGUUGACUGAUUGGGUUUAUGCCACAUUAAAAAGCAUAGGGGGCGUGUCCAUAAGGUAAGCUAAGAUUUCCCUAAAGUAAAUUGAAUUGCCAAAGUUAUAUAGCCUAAUUAGCUUUAUCCUGUCUAUACAGAAAKAAAKAAAUUCGUUCUUACUUGGCCACURAACCAGAAAGCAUAAUUUGGCCACAGAGGAUCAUUAGCUUCUUUAAAUAUAUAUAUACUAUUUGUCACAUGCGYCGAAUUCAACUGGUGUGGAUUGUUUUAAAUCGCAAAGCCUACAGUCGGAAGGGUCCGCAAUUUGGGCAGCGCGAACAAAUACCAAAAGAGUUGAUUGUUGAGUUGCGACUGUAUGUGAAAAGCAGAGAUCCAGCCGGGCAUAUMGCAAUAUUUAAAAAUUCAAUCGCUGAAAAACUGUUUGGAAAGCAAAUGGCUAUUGCUGUAAAUAAGAUCGGCCAUAUCCCCGGUGUGAAAUAMAAGGCGGAAGAUUAGGUUAUGCAAUUUUUAAUUCCGAGUGGAACAAAGCCGCUAACCCUUGAAGAUGCUGGGGCGGUGCCGAAACUUUUACCUCUAGACCCGACSGUUACAGCUGACAUGGCUCCCAAUUGGGUUUAGGCUACUGUACCACGCUCACGCCGGUGUGUCGUCACACUGGUGGUGCGCCUUUUGAUUUCAGUGAACAAUUUGAUAGUAUAAGCAACUCCUGCGCAGCUCUUCUGUGCUCCUGUACAGUGUGUCCCGACACAGGAUAAUGGUCCUUAUAAAGAGCUCGAGAGGAUUGCAACUCGCCUUCCGAAUUUAUAAGCGAAGUCAUCAUCACUCAGUUGGAAUUAUUGGAGCGCCUUUUUCAAAAGGACAGCCGAGGGAUGGUGUGGAGAAAGGACCAGACCUCAUUCGCUCCGCCGGAUUGGUGGAAAAGCUCAGAGCGCAAGGCUGUGCAGUCAAAGACUAUGGCAACGUGACGUUUGAGGAGGUGGCCAACGAUGAGCCCAUAGGCAAUGUGAAGAGACCCAGAGCGGUGGGCAGCGCCAACCAACGUCUGUCUGCUGCCGUCCACGCCGUGAAGAAUGACGGACACACCUGUGUGAUGCUGGGAGGAGACCACAGUUUGGCGAUAGGCUCGAUCCAGGGGCAUGCAGCAGCUAAGAAGGACCUCAGUGUGGUAUGGGUGGACGCCCAUGCAGACAUCAACACACCCCUGACCUCCCCUACAGGCAAUAUCCACGGACAGCCCAUGUCCUACCUCAUCCAUGAGCUGCAUYCCAAGAUUCCAGUUCUGCCCAACUUCUCCUGGAUAAAGCCAUGUGUAUCAGCCAAAGACAUAGUCUACAUUGGCUUGAGAGACGUGGACCCAGAAGAGCACCAUAUCCUGAUGUUGCUGGGUAUCAAAGGUUACUCCAUGACCGAGGUGGAUCGCCUUGGAAUAUCCAAAGUGAUGGAGGAGACGUGUGACUACAUCUUCUCAAAGGUGAAGAAGCCCAUCCAUCUGAGCUAUGACAUCGAUGCCCUGGACCCAUCCAUCUCCCCRGCCACAGGAACCCCAGUAGUGGGAGGGCUGACCUACAGAGAGGGAAUCUACAUCACAGAGCACAUCUGUCAGACAGGGAUGCUGUCUGCAGUGGACAUGGUGGAGGUGAACCCAAAGAGAGGCAAGACAGAGGAUGAGAUCAGCUCCACGGUCAACACUGCAGUAGAUCUGAUACGUGGCUGCUUCGGAAAGCUCCGGGAGGGAAACCACCCUGCAGACUACAAGAUGCCCCUGCCUUGAGCUGCCAACUACCACAGAGCCUUCUAUUACAGUGAAGGGCUGUGGCCAGCACCACCUUUCUGCACUUCAAAAUCAUCUACUCUUUUUCUGUAAUCUAGUUAACAAAUUGCCUUUUGUAUCAAAUCAUGAAGAGAUUAAAAUAGAUACCAUAUUUUUUCCCCCAGAA